GCAGUCUGUCGCCCGAAACUACUAAGUAUUAUAGACCCCACCCCAUUGGAACCCAGUCAACCUCCGAGUCCGGCACAUUUUGCACGUCAAAAUAGGAUCCGGACAGAGUCACAGCCUCUGCUAUGGCGGCACGAUGGGCAACGGAUAUUUUCGAACGUCACAAACGUCGACGUCGUCACGCCAGCGGGAAAAGCGGGGCAAGGAUAGCUACAGCUACCAGCACAAUUACGUGGAUCGGGUGCGUUUAGAGGACACCACCGGCGGAGGAGGAGGAGGAUAUAGCCACCACCACCAGCAGCACACCGCCCAUGAUCCGAGGUGUCCGCAGCUGAGGGCCGCUGGCUGGAGACACACGCACAAGUCCGUUUCCCAUCUUGACUUGGCCACCAGCUGUCACGAUGCAGCUGGAUCUGGCUUAGGUCGUCACUCGCAGCAGGCGAACCAGCACCACCAUCAGCAGCAGAACCACCACCAUCUCCACCACUCCACGCACUCCCACUCGCAUCAUCCGCACGCCCAGCCCCAUUGGACGCAGUGCCAGGUGGGCGUGGCCGGAAGCGGAAACGGGCAGUUGAGGAACGCCCGAUCGCUGGACUACACGCAACUCGAGCGGGAGGAGAACGCCUUGGACAUCGCCGAGUUCUACUGGCGAUUCGAUGCGGAAGCUCCGCUAGACCAAGUCGAUAGCUACGCGGUACAUCCAAUAAACGACAAUUUCGAGCCUUCGACAGCGACUCCGACGGCUGUAGGAGCAAAGGAAGCCACCACAACCGGCACCACCACAGUCUCCGCCAAGUCAAAUGGUGGUGCAACUACCACCGUAAGCACUGCCGCUGCAAACGCCCUGCUCGAUAUUUUGGGCAGUGAGUCGUGCAGCCUAAGGAGAUCGCGCAGCUUGGCCGUAAUACGUGAGGAGACGUUUAGCGACCUGCAAAUCGGAUCGGCAAACAGCAGUCGGCGCCGAUCGCAGCUAAUACCGCGUGCCCGGCUCGUUAAUCGCGGAUUUUUCCGUGAAUCGCCCCGGUCUCGGCACAAAUUUCAGUUUAAACAAUUCAAAAAGCCGCCGGCCAAAUUGUUGCGAUUGAACGGCAAGUCAGCGAAUCAGGCGACCUUGGUGGGUGAGCAGCCAGCGGAUCAGGCGGCGGAUGACACCCAGAGCACUUGCGAUUCGCAUCAGCAGCAACAGCAACACUUACAGCAGCAACAGCAACAGCAACAUCAACAACAGCAGCAGCAACAUCAGCGACAUAGCCGCGAAUCGCGUGACUUUGAUGUCUACUAUGAUAAUCUGAAACGCUUGGACGCCUUGGCUUUGAAUUUGAGUGAGCAACUGCAUCCUUGGCACAACGACAAGAGCGACUUGGAGAGCUUGAACUCGGAUUACUUCAAGAACUCGCUGCACCAGAACUCCAAUCAUCUGGACCAGCAGCAACCUUCAUCCCUGGAAUUCGAUGCACUCGAACAAGUGGCAGUUAGUUUACUAAAGGAGCGUCCCAGGAUUUAUCAAUCCCGGCGGCAGCAGCAGCAAAGGAAUCUCCAUCACUGCCUGCAACGUCACCUGCAGGAUACAGGAGGGGAAUCCUGUCCGGAACACAGUCAAAGUAGUGUUUUCCCCGAGACAACCACCAGUAAUUCGGAUGAUCAAACCGAUAGUCCUUCGCUUUCGGAACAGGAAUACGAUUUAACGCACAUCGAGGAGAUUUACCAUCAGGGUAAUCAAGUGGAGGAGAGUUACGAGCUGAUUAGCCUUACGACCACCACAAGGACACGUUUCGAGAGCAGUGAGGAGGGUGAACAGGAGGAGGAGGAAGAAGAAGGGGAAACCGGAGAGGAGGCUGUGGAAAGUCUGAACACGCCCACAGAACCCCAAACCAGCGAUAGUGAUAGCACCUUACGGGAAAGAAACCCCAAGGAUCAGUUGGACAAGCUGAUAGCCUACGAUUCGGUUUAUCUCUCCUCGGAAGACAGUUCAGAUUGCACUUUAAUCGGCGAAAGUUGCGAGUCCUUCGAGCAGAGAACUUUCACCAGCUGCGGGGAAAGUGGCGAGUUGGAAACACGCAGUUUACUACACAUUUCCAUUGAGGAUACCGUCUACGAACCACAAGCGAAGCAUAAGAAGGGUUUGAAUCAGGAAGAACAACCUGCUUCCCUGCUAACGGCACAGAUCUUCACACAGGUCCUGAAAGUAGAACAUACACCCAAACCCAAGAUCCUGGCAGCAGUGGAAAAACGCAAACUCAAGCAGGAGGAAGUCAAGCAGCAGCAGCAACCGCCGGAACUGAAACGCCAGGCCACCGACUCCUUUGUCCUCGUCACUGCCAAUCCCAAAUCCAAUCUCACAGAGAAUCAAUACCACAGUCUGCCGGAUGUUAACAUCGGAGUAAGUCUGAAGGUCUGCGAGAAUAUAGACAAGGAGCUGCGAUCGUCGUACAACCAACAGAGGCAGCAGCAACGCAAGGAGGCCAAAAAGGAGCAGCAGGUGGUCACUCGGGCGGAGACCUACGAUUCCAUUAGACGCUUCGGAAGGGCCCAUCAAAAGGCCAGGCAGAGGGAGUACCAGGAGAGGGAAAGGGAACGCGAAAGGGAAGUGGCUCUACAGGAUAAGGAAAAGGAAAGGGAAAAGCCAAAGAUAAACAAGGAAUUUUUCGCACAGGAGCGGCAAAUUGAAGUGAAGGAAACGUCAAAGACCCGAGAGUUAAUCAAGGAAAAAGAGCAAGUUACAAAGGAGCAGGAGCAGGAGGAGCAAGAGGACGAAGAGGAACCACUGCCACCACCGCCGCCACCUUUGACCGAGGAAUCUCAACCGGAAGAUUCCACAGCGGAAGCGGAAGAGGAGGACAAUCUCUCCGUAUCCAUUGCACAACCGGAACAACCCAAGGAAGCGCCCAGCGUCAUUGAGGUGGCCAAUUUCAGCCGGCUAAUCGAGCGUCGUGCUCAGGAAAUCCGCGAGCGACAGGAGCAAAUUAAGCCAUCAUCGUCCUCCUCCUUUCACAUCAUCGUCACCGACGCCCAGAACAAUAUCAUCCAAAAGGAGGCCAUUCAGGAGAACCGAAAGAGCGAGGAAACCAGCCAGAGGAUUAAUCCAAACCAGCCGAAAACAAAUUCAAAUUCAAACUCAAACUCAAACGCAAACACAAACUCAUCUUGUAAUCCCAUUCAACGUCCUCUGCGCCGCUCGGCGAGUUCUUCGAGUGGCAAACCGCUGGAACAUCGCAUCCUCAGCUCGGGUGCUCCAAUUUACAAGGCUCGACCUGUCAAGGUUCUGCCCUCCUCCUCCUCCGGCAGCUGCGAUUCGAGGGGCAAAAUGUCACGACCCCAGAUACUGCAUGUUGUGGAUGGCCGUGGCAAGGGAGACACCUCCCUGCGCAGGAGGAGCAGUGCCAGGAGCAUAGCGAGCACAAUUAGCUCGGCUGGCGGUGAGGUGGCCAAUGAGUAUCUGCAGAAAGUGGAUGCAGUGCGCUGCUAUUGGAACAAGCUGGCGGGCAAUGAACCAGAAACACUAAAAACAGACCAGCCAGCAAAGGAAACCCAGCCAGGCAUUCACUUCCAGUUGGGCGGAGAGACCACGACCACAAUACAUUGUACGGAUAAAUCCCCGCCGGUUGGCAAUGAUUUCUGCAGCAUGAUGCCGCAUCCCUCGAUUGAAAUUGUUGAGCUCGGCGAGGGUGCCCAGAAAGCCACCAUUGUAAAGGCGGCCCCCGAACAGGAUGAUGAUGAUCCCGAUGAGGAUCAGGAUCAGUUCGAUCACAUAAGGUACAAAGUUCUAAAGUCGCAACAGUUGAUACGAAAUAACUUUCUCUCUACGAGAAACAAAAAGGAGGCCCAGUUCGAUGGUUUGAUACAGUAUCUCCAAGAAUACAGUUUCCAAGAGCUACUGAGCAAUAAUAAUGUGGUGAUUGUAGAACCGGUGAGGACCAAGAUUGAAAGACCUCUGCAGGUGGGGAUCAGCAACACUGCAUCGACUGUUCCUCCGCCGAAACCGCCAAGAGUGGUGAAUGCCUCGGGUUCUCAACCACGAAAAACACGGCAAAGAGCUCCCGGAGGAGCUGCUGCCAAAAGGCAUUUCUUCUACCAACCUGUGAGGGUUAAUAGAGAGCUCUACGAGGAUGAGCUACCAGAUCCCGAUACAGUGCGCAAUGUUCGUCGCUUCUUCGAGCAGAAUGUCCUACCAACUCCUGGCCAGGGAUUACUAGUGCAAUCCCAGCAAAAGUUUGGUGGCUCCGCCUGUCAGCUAAGUCCCAAGUCCCGCAGGGCUAGGGGCUACCGAUACCUGACCAUCGACACGAGCUACGGCGGAUCAGCUGGCGAGGAGCAGCCCAAGGGAAUGGAGCUGCUGGAGGAGCACAAGGCCAAGCACUGGGACAAUGCCAGCCUGUCGAGUGGAAUUUCCAGCGGUGAUUUAAGUUCCCCCUGCGGGGAGUAUCACCACCAUCAUCAUCAUCAUCAGGAAUCACCGGUGAUGGCCUGCAAGGAUGUUCAUGUUCAGGACGUUGUUCGGCGGCACAAUAGCAAUGCUGCCAAUGCCAAGGCUCGAGCCAAGUUCGCCAGCCGACGCACCUGGUGCAUGGGAUCGGGAGGAACUGGUGGCCCUGCAGGAGUGGGAGCAAAUGAGUCCCUUUAUCGGCAAAUUUAUGAAAAUAAUUUGGGGAAUGCAGAGCAGCAGGAGAAUGGCGAGCAUCUGGAGGAGGAGGAGGACGACGAACAGGAUGACCAGUACGAGGACGAUGUGGAGCAGGAUAUGUGCGAGAAUUAUUACGUCAGCAAUGACGUGCUGGCCAAGAUAAGGGAGUGCGGCUCAACUGUCACCUACUACGGAGGACGGGUUCUGGACAAGACCGCAACCGGCAACGCAGUUCCGCCCACAAAAACCACUCAGCCAAUGACGGGGAGUGGAGCCCGCUCCCGAAUUCGGCAAAUAGAGGCCUGCAAUGUAUGCCUGCCGAGCGAGAGAUGCGAGCAUCGAUUGCAAACCAAACAAUCGGCAGCAGAACAGCAGCAGGACUCGUAUCAAGGCAUCAAAUUUAAGCUGGUCAAGUCCAACAGCUGCAGCAGUCGCCUGGAGUUGGCCGGAACCGGAGAUGAAGAUGAGGUCAGUGCCGAUAGCGAGGUUGUUCGAAAAAUGGUUCAUCACUUCGAGGCGAAUAGGACGACGGCGAGUGCGAGCAAUGAUGUCCAACUGACCAUCAACAGUCAGAGUCAGAUAACGUCGACGAAGGAGCCGCAGGAGAUGGGGAUGGAGGAUGAGGCAUCGCGACGCCAAGUGACAGUAAAUAAUCACAUCAAUGUGCUCGGAGGGAACAAUGGGCCCCAGGAGCUCGAGAGGGCUGAAAACUUUAAUGGUCAGCCGGAGAAUGGUUAUGGCGCCGUGGAGUGUAUGUUGCCCACAUACGAAAGUCAGGCCAUGAACAUUCGCCUCGAUGUGCCGGAGCAUAAGAACAUCCUGCAAUCUGCUACUUCUGCUGCCAACAAAGUUUGUCGCAAUAAAAACGUUGACUUGGCCUACACGCUGGUUAAGACAACGACAAAUACUCCCAAGGGCAAGCCGCCCAUCGAAGCUCCGCGCCAGAAAAUUGGAAAGCAACAACAAACGCGAGAAGUGGAGAAGGAGGAAAAUGGCAAAAUAAAUGCCGUGACAAAGACUGUCAAGCUGACGAAGGCCGCCAGCACAGCACAAAUCAUAGUGCCCGUGGAUAUUCACAGUCAGGCCUCGAUAGUUGCAACCGUGGCUCCCAUUCCCGAGCGUCGAUUAAGCAAUGCCAGCAGUAGUAACUCUGUGGUGGACAAGUCUGUGGUUCGGCACUACGUGGCCAAUGAUAAGAGCAUCUAUGAGCGUCGCAAAUACGACGAGAUAGAGUUCGAGGAGUUUGAGGUCUACGAUCCCAGCAAGGAACCACCACCUCAAGUGGAGGAGGGUGCCGAAAAAAUACCCACAGAUGCGGAGCUCUACGACAGUCUUGAUGACAAAAUGUAAUCCAUAAUUUAAUUAGAGCUUGAAACAUCUUAAUGUCGGAAAUAUCGAUAUUUUUCAAGCUCUAUAAAUAAUGCUCAAAAAAACUUCAAACAGCAACAACGAUUUCUUGGGGUUUUGGGUUAGAGCUUAAAUCAAAAACACAUCUCUUAGUUAACCAUAUUGGUAGCCUAAUUAGCUUUACAGGUAAAGCCAAAAGAUUAUACCAUAAACACUAUCCAAAGUAUGACGCAUAUACCUAUAUAUUAUUUAAAUUUAAUUUGCAAACAACAUUUGUUCACCUGUACAUUAUAAAUUGAUGCUUAAAUAAAUAUGCAAUUUAUUUAACGA